AUGUCUUUUACUUCACCCCUUGACGAUUCAUUGCAAUCUCUUUUGAACCAGUUAAACACCGAGUUUGACGAAUGUCUAAAACAAUUCGUGCCAAAUGGCUUAGAUAAUACCGUGAAAUCUAGUUCUCAAGAUGAAUCACAGGCUAAAAAAUUGGAAACAGCCCUAUCAAAGAUCAUUCAGUCAGAAAAACAACAGGAAAAAAUUGCUUUACAAGAUGAAAUCAUUGGAUUACAUCAAAAUAUAGCACAACAAAGAGAAGUUAUUGAGAAAUAUACUGCCUUGGUUAGAGAGUGGUCAAAAGAAUUUAGUGAAUUAGAAGAAGAAAAUAAAUUACCUUUAUAG